AGAUUUGAAAGUUAAAUCGGCAGAAAUUAGAAUCGGUCCUAGCUGAUUCAGACAACAAUCCGUCAAUUCUCAAUCCGAUUCACCGGUUACAAUGGGAAGUCGAAUUUUUUUAAUUUAUAAGACCUUGGGAAGUCGAACGGUUUCUCUUCUUUUAGCUGAUCUAUUAGACUAUUACUUUUUUCCUUAUCUCUCUAGAGCUGGAAGGAGAGAGUAGUUAUCUUGUUUCUUAAGGAAAGAAGAGAAGAAUUUCUCUUUCUCUCUGCUUGUUUUCUACUAUCAAAAUCCAAUCUGAGCUGCUCUACAUCUGGUCUGCAAGAAGAGAAAGAAAAUAGCAGAGGUAUCAGAUAGAUAGACCAUAAGAUUCUUCUACAUCCCUUGGACAUGCAAAACAAGUGCCUUCUUUCUACUUUAGUGAAGUUUCAUUGGUCAUAUGCCGAAAGGUGAACCAAACCUUUAUCUUAGGGUUCCAACUGUGAAGUGCAUACAUAAUGGAGAGUGUACACACUUCAAAGAACAUGGCUCAUACUAAUCCAGUGAAGUUACUGGAGCACUGCAACAUCUCUUCACCACCAGGAUGUCUCGGAAACAAGAUCCUUCCCCUCACCUUCUUCGACAUGUUCUGGUUACCUCCCUAUCCCCUUGUUGAGGCCCUUUUCUUUUAUGACUAUUCUUACUCUAUGCACCACUUCAGAAGUGCCAUAUUUCCCAACCUUAAACACUCACUUUCCCUCACACUUCAAUACUUCUAUCCACUCGCCGGGCAUCUAGUGUGGCCUCAAAAUUUAUCAGAGCCUGAGUUCUGUUAUGUUGAUGGAGACUCAGUCUCCCUAACCUUGGCAGAAUCAGAUGGUGAUUUCUACCAUCUUUCAGGAAACCAUGCAAGAGAUGUUAAUCAAUUCCAUUGUCUUGUCCCCAAGCUUACCCUGUCAUCCAUUGUUGAUCCCAACUUCUCAAUUCCACUGUUGGCUUUGCAAGUAACUGUGUUUCCAAACUCUGGCAUUUGCAUCGGAGUAACUGCUAGUCAUGUAGCCCUUGAUGCUAGGACCCUUGUCCACUUCAUGAAGUCGUGGGCAACAAUUUCUAGAUCAGGAGUUGUUUCUUUGUCACCAGUCUCUCUGCCAUUCCUUGACAGGAAUGUAAUAAAUGACCAGAAGGAGCUCAAGACGAUUUACUUGAAUGAGAUAAAAAAAAUCAGAGGAACCAUUGAACAGAAAAGUUCUAAGGUUUCAAACAACCCUAUGGUCCCAUCUGAUAUGGUCCAAGCAACAUUUGUUAUGAACCAAAAUGAUGUCGAGCAACUGAGGCAAUGGAUCUUGGCUAUACGAAAGAAGGAUGAGAAUCAGACCUCAAUCACCACAUCCCAUCUAUCAACAUACACUAUAAUUUGUGCUCACACAUGGGUUUGCUCAAUAAAAUCGAGAUCAAUCGAUGGUCCUGCUGCUAAGAGUGAAGAUACGGAGAUCUUCCUCAUUGCUAUGGACUGUCGCAUCAGGGAUCGCCUGGAUCCUCCAGUUCCAGAAACAUAUUUUGGAAAUUGCUUGACAGGUUGCGUUGCAACAGUAAAAAGGAGUGACUUACUGGGAGAACAUGGGAUCAGCAUAGCAUCAGAAGCGAUCACAAAGGCAAUAAAGAAGCGAUUGGAUGAUGGAGUGUUGAAAGGGGCAGAUUACUUGAUGUCUGAAAUGAGUGCAGCAGUAGCUAAGGAGCCUUUUGCCGUUGCAGGGUCACCUAAGUAUAGAAUAUAUGAUACAGAUUUUGGGUGGGGAAGGCCAAAGAAGUAUGAAUCACUCAGAGUUGGUGGGAGACUUAUCUCACUUUAUGACUGCAAAGAUGGAGAAGGCAGUGUAGAAGUUGGGGUGGCUUUCCCUAAGUUCCAAAUGGAUUCUUUUUCUUCUCUCUUCUACAAAUUUCAGGCUAAUGUUUCCUGAGAGAUUGUUAUGAACUAAACAAAGUCCAUUCUUACAUCUGAUGGGACUUUUUAUGGGCAUGUUUGCCAAAUUUAUAUUGUUAUGCAUAAAAAAUAAAACGGAUGCACAGUUUGUUUUC